UGCCACAGACGCAAAAUCACGGAUCCGUGCAGCAUACUGACAUGCGCGUCACAAGUUUGCUUCGUCGAGCAGUGCAACGACUCUAUUUGCACAUAUGCUGAAUAUACACGCCCGUCUAACCCCGCGGUAAUAAAAUAAUAUCUGUGCAUACUGAAAAGUGAAUCCUACAGAGUAAAGACAAGAACGUUACAGUGAAUUCUGAUAAUAACGGGCCGUGCGGUCGAACGAACGAAUCGAACGCACGCUGGCCGUUGCCACGGGUUUAAAUGACCGCGCAAGACGUUUCAAGUAGGUAAACGCGUGCAGACGUGUAAACAAGGAUAGAAACAAGCCCCGGUGGAGGCGAUCAAGGCGUCUACAACAAAAUUCCAAAAUAUAGGCCGAAAUUUGAAGUCACAUGGUAAGAACGACGAUAGAUGAAAAAUAGUUUGCGCGUCAGGUUUGAAACGUGGAUCAUGGAGAAGGAAAACUGGUGAUAUUUAGAAAAUGAUCAUGAAGACCUCUGAUAAAGAAACGUGUUUUGUAGUAACCUACAAACUCGUUUUAAAGAAAAAUGGACGGAGCCGAUAACAUUGUAACAACUGUUGGGAAGGGAAAGAAGCUGUUACGGUAUCGAAAACAACCAGACAAAUCACAUAUCUUCAACAUGGUGGGGUCAGGUGGCGAGGAGUCUGUAAAUGUCAACAUUGCUGACAUUGCAAUGGAACUCCAACCAGACUCAGAAUUUGAACAUAGCGACGAUGACACCAGGCAAUUGAUAUCUCAAAUACCAUCGUCAGUGACCAAGGGAUUGAGGAACAACAAUAACAACAACCACUGCAAAAUAAAUACCCAGCAUCAGCCGGACGAUGAGAAUGUCUGGUCCAUAUCUGUUCAAAUGUUUAUCCCAUUUUUACUUGCUGGUUUCGGCAUGGUUGCCGCCAGCUUGGUGCUUGACGUCGUUCAGCACUGGCCUGUUUACACAAAAGUUUCCGAAGUAUACAUACUAGUGCCCGCUCUACUAGGGCUAAAAGGCAACCUCGAGAUGACACUAGCCUCUCGUUUAUCAACCCAAGCAAAUCUCGGCCACAUGGAUACCAGGAAACAGCAAUAUACGCUGAUUGCUGGUAACCUUGCAUUGAUACAAUGCCAAGCAAUGGUUGUUGGUUUGCUGGCGUCGCUAGCUGCUGUCGUACUGGGAUGGAUACCUGAGGCACACUUUGACAUAAAUCAUGGACUCCUACUGUGUGCCAGUUCACUACUAACAGCUUCUGUUGCUAGUUUUAUUUUGGGUCUUGUUAUGGUCGCGGUUAUAUUAUUGUCCACAAAGAUGAACAUCAAUCCAGAUAACGUAGCUACACCCAUUGCUGCGUCGUUAGGAGACCUGACAACGCUGGCACUCUUGUCUUGGAUAGCAUCGAUGUUGUACAACGCAAUUGAAAAUGCACCAUGGAUAGCACCGCUUAUCAUAGUCAGUUGCAUAGUUGCAACACCUUUUUGGGGAUAUAUUGCAGCAUGUAAUCCAUUUACAAAAGAAGUAUUAAAUCAUGGAUGGACACCUGUGAUAUCAGCAAUGUUAAUCAGCAGCAUCGGAGGUCUCAUAUUGGACUUUACGAUAUCGAGCUAUAAGGGCAUAGCAGUCUAUCAGCUAGUCAUUAACGGGGUAGGGGGAAACCUGGUGGCUGUCCAAGCGAGUAGAAUUUCAACAUCGUUGCACAAAAAGCAAAUCACUGAGCACCAUGAAAUUCCAACCAUUUGCAUAAGUCCAAUCCACGCGUUUCUUGAUCCAGGUGGACAUGCCAGAACUGCUAGAGUUCUAAUAAUGAUGGUGGUGCCAGGUCACUUGAUAUUCAGCUAUACUAUAAGUUAUCUCAAAGCUGGACAUACGACGCAAACCCCAAUAUUUAUAAUCAUAUAUUUAUUUGCCGCCCUGCUACAGGUAAUACUACUGCUGUACAUAGCACAAUUAAUGGUUGUCUGGAUGUGGACGCUUGGUAUGGAUCCGGACAGCUCUGCAAUACCGUACUUAACCGCUGCCGGUGAUCUGAUAGGAACUGCGCUGCUGGGUAUCGCUUUUCACAUUCUCUAUGUCAUCGGCGACGGGGAUGCCGAUGUUGGAGAUUGAAAGGUGCGUUUAUUUUUUAUACGAAGAAUAGAGUGAUAUUAAACUAAUUCCUAGAAGGCUUUUCAAAAUGACUACACACUCUCUUACCUGCUGACAUUUGAUAAUAACCGAUAACGCAGGUACCAGACAUGACGAAAGGUUGGCAUCGAUCAUAUCAUUUGCAUACUUUUCAUUUGUGUUGAAUAAUUUUUUUCAAUUCUUGGCAAACAUGUUACAAAUUUAAUGAGCAAUCAUGUUAUGACAUUGGGAAAGGUACAGGUCAAAUUAUCUGUGACAUAUUAAGAUAUUUUCUGACUUCUUGAGAUAAAUUGAACACAAAGUGAUAUGAAUAUUAUCAUUAUUAUUACUCCGAAUAUUUUUAUUGUUGUUAUUAUUGCAUUAUAACAAUUAUAAGAAUUUUUUUUCAAUUCUUUGACUUACAAAUAUCUGAAAAAUUAUGCCAGUAUAAUAUAUUAGCCAGAUGAAUUCGUUUUUAAUUAUUACAGCUAAGUGUAAGAUACAUAAAUAUAAGAAGACAUAUUUAAUAUAAUAUUUUUUAUCGCACGAUAUAAAAAGUAAUUGAACCAAUUUGUACAAUUAGUGAUCGGUUAACCUAAGAUUAUAUAGUUAGGUAAUUUGGUUAAAUAUUAAGAGUUUGCUAUUGCCAUAGAAAUUUAUCAAAAUAUUUAGCUAUACUUUCCUAUUAAAUAGUUUCGCCUAUAUAUAUUAUAUAUAUAUUAU